AUGCCAAAGACAUACCCAAUUAUCGGUGCUGCUCUUCCAGUGAGACCGGAACUGUCUGGCUGGUCCAUCUCCCAUGACCAGGAACAUCAGCGACAGGUGUCCCUCUUCCUCCAUGCCCUGGACAAAAUGCAGAAGAAAGAUCCAUUGGAAGAUCAGCUCUCGUACUUUCGAAUUUCAGGUACGCCCUACAUGCAAUGUCUGUACAAUAUUAUGAUCAACGAACUCCUGCCCAAGAUCAAGGAUGUAACCCAGCGCGCGAGCUGGAGGGAGGCGGCAGACAGAUGGCGUCUCCCAUUCUGGGACUGGGCGCUCCCACAGGAAGACACUCAAAAACUCGGGCUUCCUAAUAUUCUAUCCCAAGAUAAAUUUGACAUUUUGGAGCUAGGUGGAAGCACAAAGUUUUCCAUUACCAAUCCGAUGUUCAAAUAUACCCACCGUAUGCACAUUGAUGGCAAGUUGACCCCAGUUCCAAUGGGUGACGAGAGAAUGGGAGACCUCAAAGUUACUUAUACUGUGACUGAUAAGGUUGACAAAGAGACCGAGCUUAAUGUGAGUAUCUCGACUCGUUUUGGCAAGACACAAGGCACGAGCCGCUAUGCUAACCCGCUAACUCAAGAAUGGGUCGAUGGGAACCAGAGGCUCGACCUUGUCAACAACGCUCUGCAGAACCCCAAUUGGAGAUGGAUGGACAGCGAUGAACUAACAAGUGGCUCACUAGCCUCUAAUGUCCAUCGUCUGCUUAGCGAUAACUACUUCAAGUCUUACAAACCAUUUUCAUCCACUUGUUGUCCUCCAGGUGAAGAUCAUAACCCCAAUGACCAUUUAUCAUUGGAGAUGAUCCACAACAACAUUCAUGUAAGACCACCUAGGCAAUUUGUGGGUGGCGGAGGUAAGGAUGAAAAGGGUGUCCCAACAAACGGCUCUAUGUCAAAUGUACCUGUGUCCUCGUUUGAUCCCGUAUUUUGGAUGCAUCAUAACAACAUCGACCGAAUCUUUGCAAUCUGGCAAUUUUUGAAUCCGGAAGCCUGGUUGACGCCGGAUGAUAACUGCAAGCCGACUGAAGAAUUGCAACCUUUUCAUAUGGACGAGAAAGGCACAGUUUUCACUGCCAAUGACGUGCGACGCUGGGAAAAAUUUGGCUACACGUACCCCGAGUUGGUCACGGGCAUGACGAAAGAAAAGCUCCAGCAGUUAAUCAACGACAAAUACGCUCGGCCUAGCGUUCAGGAACUGAUGGAAUCCAGAGAUGGUAAAGGGAUUACAGACACUCACUUCCAGGACUAUGUAAUCAACGUCCAGUAUGAUCGCUACGCUUUGCAGGGCCAGCCGUAUACCAUAUUCUUUGUGCUCCAAGUCGAUGAGGAUCAUGUCUAUUAUGUCGGCCAAAUUAGUACCUUCAGUGCUCAGCUUAGCGGGGAUUGCGGAAACUGCGAAAGCCAGAAGAAGCAUGGUGUGCUCUCGAAAGGUCAAGUUCCCCUAACCCCACAGCUGGUCAGGUUGGUGCGGAAAUACAGCACCUUCCUGAAGGACGCAUCUGGCAUCACGGGUGUGAAUGUGGGUUUAAACCCGGAAUUCAUGAAUGUCUUCCUUCAGAAGACUUUGUAUUGGCAUGUCCUGACGGUAAGGAGAUCCAUCAACCUUUUCUAUGAAGUGUAUGUCCCAGUGCUAAUCACUUUGAUAGAAUUUUGGGAACGAGGUUCCACUAUCAGAGGUUCCGAACUUGGAGGUGUCAAUACAUACCGGGAGGGCUGCGUUCGAUGA